AUGACAACUUACUUCGAUUACCCAUCUGUAGAACUCCAGAAUGAACUUAGCAAGAUUGCCAAUGCCAUGGUGGCUGACGGUAAAGGUUUGUUGGCCGCUGAUGAGUCUGUGUCAACCAUGGGCAAACGUCUUCAAGAUAUUGGAGUUGAAAAUACUGAAGAUAACCGCCGUGCCUACAGACAAUUGUUGUUUACUGCCGAUGAACCUUUAAAUGAUCGUAUUUCUGGUGUCAUUUUAUUCCACGAAACUCUUUACCAAAAAACCGACGAUGGUGUUCCAUUUGUUGAAAUUCUCAAAAACCGUUGCAUUAUCCCUGGAAUUAAAGUUGAUAUGGGUGUUGUGAACUUAUUUGGUUCUGAAGGAGAAACUACCACUCAAGGAUUGGAUGAUUUGGCUCAACGUUGUGCUCAGUAUAAAAAAGACGGAUGUCAUUUUGCUAAGUGGCGUUCAGUAUUAAAGAUUGGUAAGAAUAUUCCUUCAUACCAAGCUAUUUUGGAAAAUGCUAAUGUGUUGGCUAGAUACGCUUCCAUCUGCCAAGCCAACCGUAUUGUUCCAAUUGUAGAACCUGAGGUAUUGUGUGAUGGAGAACACGAUUUGGACCGUUGCCAAAAAGUCACUGAAACUGUGCUGGCUGCAGUAUACAAAGCGCUGAAUGAUCACCAUGUGUAUCUUGAAGGUACUAUUUUGAAGCCUAACAUGGUUACUCCUGGCCAAUCUGCCUGUAAGAAGGCUACAGCUGACGAAAUUGCUAAAGCCACAGUGACCGCUCUUCAGCGCACUGUCCCUCCAGCAGUUCCUGGAAUUAUGUUUUUGUCUGGUGGUCAGACUGAGGAAGAAGCAUCCGUGAAUUUGAAUGCGAUUAACAAGUACAAUGCCAAGAAACCAUGGGCAUUGAGCUUCAGUUAUGGACGUGCUCUGCAAGCUUCAGUCUUAAAAGCAUGGCAAGGAAAGAAAGAAAAUAUUAAAACUGCUCAAGACGAACUUCUUAAGAGAGCAUUGGCAAACAAACUAUCAGCUCUUGGCAAAUACGAAGCUGGUUCUGUACAAACAGCUGCUGGUUCUCAGGGACUAUUUGUUAAAGAUCAUGCCUAUUAA